AUGACGCGACUAUUCUCGCCGCUGGCCCUCGUGGCCACGGCCCUCUCGCUUUUUGCUCACAGCACCACCGCUCAGGUCACAACCGACUGCCAGCCGCUCAACACUACGAACUGUCCAGCCGACCCGGCUUUCGGCACCGACCACAUGUUCAUCUUCAAUUCGACACCCUCGUCUGAUUUCUGGGUUCCCACGGCCGGUUCCGUGUCUUAUUCUGCGGAGAACGGUGCGCAGUUCACCAUCAACAAGCAGGGCGACUCGCCCACCAUUCGCUCAUCGUUUUACAUCUUCUUUGGCCGCACUGAGAUGAUGAUCAAAGCCGCCAGUGGCACCGGUAUUAUCUCGUCCGUCAUGUUUCUCAGCGACGACCUUGAUGAGAUCGAUCUCGAGUUUAUGGGCGGAAACCAAUCGUACGUUGAGACCAACUACUUUGGCAAGGGCCGCCAGGAUUUCAAUAACGCAAUCUACUACCCCGUCAACGGCGGCAUCAGCAACGACUUCCACAACUACACCACCGUCUGGACAAACGAAUCGCUCACAUAUUACAUUGACGGCACCAAGGCGCGCACGCUGCUUCCCAAGGAUGCAAACAACACCUCCAACUACCCGCAGACGCCUGUCCGCAUCUCGCUUGGUAUCUGGGCUGGCGGUGACCCGACGCUACCUGAAGGUACCCGUGAAUGGGCCGGCGGCACCACGGACUACACCAAGGGCCCCUUCCAUAUGUACGUCAAGAGCGCCCGCGUGACCGACUACAACACAGGCAAGGAGUACUCGUACGGCGACCACUCAGGCUCCUGGCAAAGUAUUAAAAUUGCGGCCGGCAACUCCACCGCUGUCGAGACGAUCAACGCCAAGCCACCCAAAACCAUCGCUGAGAAAUGGAACGAGCUCUCCCCUGUUGCCCACAUUGCCAUCUACUCGUCCGCCGGUGCUCUCGGAGCGAUCAUCGUUGCUGUCGGUAUAUACUACUGCAUCAAGCAGCGCAGACGCGGACGGGAGGAGAACCGCCUGUACGAGCAACGCCUUGCCGCAGAACGUCUGGAGCUGGAUCAGUUCAAGAAGGCUGGCAUCGACCCCGACAGCCUGACUCACGAGGGUACCGACUACAACGCCCGUGACAUGGCCAAGAAUGGCAACGCUAGUGCGAACGCCUACAGUGUGCCCCAGACGCCUGACAGCGUUGCCGACGAAAAGGAGCGCGCAUGGGGUGAAGCAGCUGUCGGUGGCGCCGCUGGUGUAACCGCCGCUUCGGCCAUGCGCAGCCCGAUGCCGCUCCUGCACAACGGCGCCCAGAGUCCGGUGAAUGACCGCGGCUUCAACAACAGCACACCACGGAGCGCCAACUACAACAGCCGGAGCAUGUACAACAACAACGGCAGCCGCAGCCCCCAUGAGAGCCGCAUGCAUUCCCCUGCGCCACCGGUCUCUCCCCUGCACUCGCCAAUUCCCGGCCUCCCAUCGCCCACAUCGCCCACCUUCGGCCCCAGCAGCACGGCCACACGCAGUUUCUCGGCACCAAAUGCUCAGAUGCGUGCCUCGCCGGGCCCCGCGUCGAACAUAGGAUACAACGGCAUUGUGCGGACACAAUCCCCUGCUUUUGCCGCCCCAACACCACAACGCAGCUACACCGCUAAUGCUGGCUGGCGAGGUGCCAACACCGGCCCUGAUUAUAGCGGCAGUAGUGGCUACAACAAUUACACCAACAACACCGACAGUAGCUAUGGCAAUUCAAGGAACGGCCCGCCGUACGGCGGCCGAGAUCAAUACAACCAGGGCGCCCCAGGUCACCAAGGUGGUGGUUUCAACAACAACUACUGGGGGUAG